GUUCUUGUCCAUAAGGACGAAGGGUGGUGAAUAUGAGCAGUUUGCAUAUUUACAUGCCGCCCACAGACGAGAGGCUUCAACCAUCAACAGCGCUUCCAUGUAAGGGGGGUGCUAUGGGGUGCUUUCUUCGGCACAACACCUGUCACGGCUCCCUCGUCUGUUACCAGGGCAACGACAAAACGAAACCAGUCUGAGCUAGCGGAAAAACUACAACUCGCUUUAUUUUUUCAUAAGCACAGUUACUCAACUAAAUUCCACACUUAUUGUCUCCCAGUGAGCAAACCUCACUGAUUAGCUUAGAAGCUCACAAAGUAGUCACUUUUUUGUCAUUGUUGUGUUAAUAACAAUUUAGGAAAGAGUGCAAACAUGUCAGGAAAGGAGUGUGAGUUUGAGCAGAGUUUUUCUUUCAGUCCUCUUCCGAAUAAGAAGUUUUCUUUUCUACAUGAUAAAGACACUUUGGCGCUGUUAAUGAAAUGGUCUAUGCACGGGAGGAUUUCAGCUCAGUCUUACAGUUUUGACCACAACUUCUACCCUUACAACUCUGAAAAGUUUGCACUGUGUUUCUUCAAGGACCAUGAGGUGGUUUCUACUCUGAGAAAUCUGGAGGCUGGAUUCUGGGUACCCCUUGAUAAACCGGUAGUGUCUGUCAGCGUGGAGCCUGUUCCAUGCACUAAGGUCUCUAUGGAGCUGUUUGAUCCAAUCUACUCCUGCGGCAUCCUGUGGCCCUCUGGACAUGUAGUUAAAUGCUUUCAUGAUGUCUACCCAGACUGUGACGAACUCCAACGGAUGUUGCAGGAAGAGGACUGUGAGAACUACUAUGUGGUUGGGAGAGAGGAGCGAGAGGAGUUUCUAUUCCGCCUUUUCAAACACCUGUGUCUUGGGGGACAGGUCUGCCAGUAUGAGGAUAACAUUGACCCAUACAUCAGCACCACAAAGCAAAUGUACAAAGACCUGAUCAAUGUGCAGAAGGAUCCAGAGACGAAGAAGAUCAGUGUUGUUUCCACAGUGCUCAAAGUGUAUGCCUAUGAUGAGUCUGGGCGAUGUUACCCCGGGACACGAGAAGAGGAGCAGACUUUUGCCUAUUUGAUUGUCGACCCUUUCAAACGACACACGACUUUGUUCUACCACUUCUACGGUGUGGGAAAAUUCACAUAAUGACAACGAAGAACUGAAAAUACAUCAAACUGCCUCUGUUAAAAUCUGGAGCCUUAGCUAAGUGGAGGAGAACACACUGUAGGGACUUUUCUAAUGGUUUUCAUCCUCAGGAGUAGAUUUAGCCUCAUGAGAAAAGUUAAGUGUAAUCCUUAUCUGGGUUGCAAAGGAAAGUAAUUGGUUUGUCCCAUUAAAAUACACACAGGCUAUAAAAUGUUUCAAUCUUCCAUUAAAUAAGUGAGUAUGAUACAUUUACUGACUGUAGUUAAAAGUUGGUUUGAAACCUAACCAACCAUUAAAAUCCUACAUCCAACAGAAUUAGGUUAUGGACCAUAUAAAAUACUUAGGAGUAAAUAUCCCCAAAAAUUGGCCUAUGAAAUGAUUU